UGACGACACCGGACCAUUACUCGUGCUGCUUUGCUCAUCGAGCGAUGGAUUGUUGGAUCGGCAGCGCCGUAAAGUCAGAACCUUUCAUUCCUCAUAUCAUUAAUCAAAUCAAUCCAUUAACCAAGAUGUUGCAUCCCCGAAUCAGCACAUAUUGAACAGCUUUUUGCCUCUUUAACAGUGUAACUUUUGGUCAAUAUCGCUAGACGCAGGUAAGACUCAAAGCGUUCUAUCAACAGGCCGCAAAAUAAAACUUGCAACUUUUUGAGUAGUUUUGCUUUAGCAGACAUGUCUUCGUCCAAACAGCUCAAGCAAUCGGAGCUGGUUCUUCCCCUCGACUCUCUCCUCCCAGUGCACGACCACAUCAUUCACCAUCUCUCAUUCAUCGCACCCCUCAAAACUCUCACUCUCUCAAAGUACUAUUACCGGCAUACCAUACCCAUUCUCUAUCGUACUGUUCCAAUCAGCUCCAAGUCACUCUAUGGACUCCUAUGGGGCGUCCACAAAGAUGCAAGGGCUCGCACGCUAAAAGCCUUUUCGAACACCCGCGUUAUCCAACUCACCAAUCUGGAUAGCAUUCUGACCUAUCACCACCUAUCCAUGACCGAUCCCAAACUUUCAGUGACUCCUGAAGAGUACAAUAACCUGCUCUCCAACGUUAGGCGCAUCGAAUUCAUGUGGGAAGCUGCCGUCUCUCCGUUUUACACGCUCUACAAUCAGACGUAUCCUGAUCAGCCUGCAUACGCAGCCACUAUCCAAAGGCUUGUUCCUAGCCCAUGCGAAGAGCUUGUGGUCCACCUCAAGAAUACUGAUGGCUGGUUAGGUGUAGACCUAUGCUUCAAACAAGAGAUUUCAGAGAUGCUAAAGCACCAUUCCCCGAGCACUGCGACGAUCAUCCUUCACCUAGAUCUACUAGCCACGUCUUCAUAUUACUCAUUGCUCGAAGCAUGUGCACGUUGCUGGAAUGAGAAAAAGCGACUACGGGUUAUUAUCAACAUGAGUAAUGUCGAUUAUUUUUCCCCCAGUUCAUCGCCAGGCAGCGAUUUUUGCCGCUUGUUAUAUGCUGUCAUUGCCAAGUUCAGCCAUCAUCAUCUCGACAAGGCGCUGGACAGCUCAGUUCAGAAGCCUUUGGAGGACGUUUUGGAAAUAUAUAUUCCUAGGGCCGAGAGCGUCCAGGAAUACCUCAAGGUUUGUGACCUGGAAUCUCACCGGGAAAGUGAGAUUGCAGGAGUUGUUAAGAUUCUGGAAUUGGAACAGGAUGUCCUGGAAGAGUAUGUCUCUUAAUCCCUACCUCUUAUCACGUCCAACGUCCCAGCCAGCCUCCCAUUCCCCAGAACGAAGUAUUGAGUAUGCCACGACAGUCGGCGUAUUAUGAAGGCAGCAGCACGAGUGGGAGGGCUCUAUCGAAUGGCAGCGGCCUUCAAUAGUGGUGCGUACCAUUAUUCAAGCAUCGGAGGGGCGAGGGGCUGGAAGCAUCUUGAUCGACCACAAGCAAGUUAUUUUGCUGGGUCUAAAAUCACCUGCACCCAUUGCUCAACUACUUUCCGGUCUGGGAACUUGGUUCUCUCUUUACUGGCAUUCUUGUGCCAGACAUCUUCGCGGUUAACCUGCCGACUUUUGAAGCUUCUUUCUGAAUCUGUUUGCCAUACAUCGCGACUUUCUGGACUCGGAGACACAUCUAUGCACCUAACCAUGCAUUCUUUCAUC